AUGUCGACGCCCGGUUUCGAGGCUGACCAUGAGCUCGGCAUCAGGGCAGCGAGCGAGCGAGAGCAGCCUAUCUUUAGCUUGGGCAGAGUGCAGUAUGCUCUCAGUGCUUCCUUAUUCAGGCUCUGCUGCAAUUCCAAUCAGCUACUGCUCGCCCUGAUGGAUGGAAGCGGUCCCAGACUGGUCAAAAUCGAUCUCACUCGGCCGGAGCAAGAAGACUAUCUCGAGAUAGCCAUCGACCCAAGUCUCGGUAGCAGCUCUCGAGGCUCCCAGCCAAUCGCUACAGUCUUGCAUAGCGUCUUCAGCGAUCCAUCGGGACGACACAUUCUCAUCUCGACCAAGCGAGGCGACGUCCAUUACAUCUGUUUAGGAUGGCCAAAGGAGGCAAACGGCCAUCGUCGUUCGCGUCCGCUCAGUAAGCUCAAGGGCGUCCUGAUCUCUUCAGUAGCCUGGCAUCCGUCUAGCUAUACGACUACCGAUGCAUCAUCACAUCCUCGGUCCCAGACAGCAUGUGACUGCAUCCUGGGCACCAGCGAUGGGCGAAUCCUGGAGACUCGGCUCGACGGCGAAGUAGAAAAUGCGCGUCCUUUCAGCAAGGGCGCGCAUGAUCGCCAUGUCAAGACUGUGUUCACCUUGCCCGAUCGAUCGCCAAUCCUCGGGCUGGCUCUUGAGGUCUGGUCGGGGCAUACUGCUGCUGCUGCUACUGCUUCGCGCUCCUCACGAGCGGCAGACAAGCAAAGCGUCGCCAUCAUCGCAACUACUGCGAGCAGAAUUUACCAAUUCGUUGAGACGACGCAAGAUAGCGCUACGGGCGAUGUGACGAUGCUCGAAGGCUUGGCCCUGCGUUACCGCGAUAGCGCUCCGCGGAUGCUUGAGCUCCCAAACUCGUCAAGUCAUAGCGAGUUGCAUGUUCAUCGGCAGGCGCGCAGAGGUGCUUCGCCGAGCGGACAGCCAGUCACAGCUAGUCUGGCGUGGCUCAUUGCGCCGGGCACCUACAUGGGCCGAGUGUCUCUCAGCAAUCAAGAAGCAAGCGACGGCAUCAUCGACAAUGCUCAGCUGCUGCCACAUCCGGUGCGGCCAAAAAAUAGCGCUGAGGCCCCGUUGAGUGCGGCUCUGACUGAACAUCACCUCAUUCUGCUAUACUCGCAUGCCCUCAAGGCUAUACGCAUCUUAGAUGACGAGCAGGUGUACGAGGACACCCUCGAUUUACGGCCUGGCGAGCAUGCAUUGGGACUGGUGACGGAUCCCAUCAAUCGUACGGUUUGGCUAUACUCCGAUCAAAGCAUCUUCGAGCUUAGCAUAGACAACGAAAGCCGGCACAUAUGGCAAAUAUAUAUGAAGCGGCAAAAUUUCGACGCUGCACUCGCUUUCGCCCAGACUAGCAUACAGAAAGACGCCAUCAUGACCAAGAAAGCAGACUGGCAUUUCGAUCAGCAGAGAUUUGUGCAAGCUGCCGAUUAUUAUGCACAGUCAUCAAGUAGCUUCGAAUACGUGGCUCUGCGCUUCAUUGACAAAGGCGAGAGAGAUGCGCUGCGCAAUUACAUCAAUACGUGUCUCGCACGCCUUGGCAAGGCUGAACACGCGCAGAAGAUGAUGCUAUCUACAUGGCUGGUCGAGCUCUUUCUCUCCAAGAUAGCGGAUCUCGAGGAUAUUGCGCUCUCUCAAUCGCACACAAGUCACACUUCCAACAUCGAUCUCGAGCGCAGCAUACUCGAAGACGAUCUGAAGAGCUUCUUGAGGAGUCACAAGGCGGAUCUUGCGCAGAAGGUCACGUUGGACCUGCUUAUCAGUCAUGGUCGUACAGAGCUUUUCCUUCAUUUCUGCGAAGUGAAUCAUGACUUUUCGCGCAUCGCUCGACAUUGGUCAGCAUUGGAAGAUUGGCCAAAAGUAGUUUCAGCCAUCUCAAGUCAAGACGACGUAGCACUAUAUUACCAAUACGCGCCAUCGCUCGUCAAGCAUGCGCCAAGAGAAGCUGUCGAUAUGUUCUUGCGCCAGCCGGCGCUAGAACCCACCAAACUGAUACCGGCCCUUCUGCAGCCUUUGGCGGUUACAUCGAGUUCACGUAUACACGUGCGGCGAUACUUGCAGUACUGUCUAGACGAACUCGACAUGAAGGACUCGGCGAUCCAUAAUGGAAUGAUAGCUUUAAUCGCGGGCGCGCCUACAGAGGCAGAGGGUGAUCUGCUGUACUUUAUGGCUGUCUCACAAGACAAUCCCGAGACAGGCAUGCCGUACUACGAUCUUGAUUUUGCACUGCGACUGACAAAAUUGAAUGGACAUCCACAAGCAUACGUGCAGAUCCUUAGCAAGAUGGGUUUACAUGACAAUGCGGUCACUGUGGCACUUUCACAUGGCGAUCUCGACCUUGCGAAGAUUCAAGCUGACAGGCCCGACGAUGAUUCACUGCGGAAGAAGCUUUGGCUCAAGAUCGCUCAGCAUGUCGUCGAACGCGAGAAAGACAUCAAAGCCGCAAUGGUCCUUGUCGAGGCUACCGACACGCUCGGCAUUGAAGAUGUGCUGCCCUUCUUCCCAGAUUUUGUCGUCAUUGACGAGUUCAAAGACGAAAUCUGCAGCGCGCUUGAAGUAUACAGCUUGGAGAUCGAAAGACUUAAGAUCGAGAUGGACGAAGCGACAUCGGCUGCAGAGGCAAUCAGAAAAGAUAUUGAGGCGCUUCAGAGCCGUUUCGUCACGCUCGACGCUUCAGACGUCUGUCAAAGGUGCUCACAGCCUGUGAUCUCGCGUCACUUUUACGUAUUUCCCUGUAGACACUCUUGGCACGCCGAUUGCCUCGUGUCUGAGAUCACGCGACUGUCGCCGCCACACGUCCUGCGAUUGUUGCUUGGCCUGCAAAGCAGGCUAUCCGUGGCUAGCGCCUCCGCAGGCCAAGCGAGCGUGCCAGAGGCGCGUGCUGGCGCGGUAGCGGCGCGUGCAGCAGCAGCUGGCGUGUCUGGCUUGAACGAGCUGAGGAAGCUGAUCAUCCCGGAUGCGCUAGUCGGUGCUAUCGUGCCUGCAAACGGCCUCAAGCUUGCGCAAGCCGUCAAUGAAGCGCAAGAAGCGCCAUCAGUAGGGAGCUUGGCCAAAGAACGCGCAGCCCGUAUCGAGCGCAUCCGGACACAGAUAGAUGAGAUCCUGGGCAGCAGCUGUGUAUUGUGUGAUCUCUCACUGCUCAAUCUGGACAAGCCCUUUCUGCAGGAAGGCGAGCCGGAGAUGUAG